CCAGGAUUCAGAGCCGCCCCCACAGCAGAAUGAUGUCCGAUGUGUGCUCCUCUCCGCAUCUCCAGUCGCCUCCUUCCCAAGACACAUCUCCUCCGCGCCGGGUUCUUGUGUCCGUUAUCAAGGCCGUAUCGCCUUCCUCCGCCCACACUCCAUUGAAGCCGCCUCGCACUCCGUUCUCUACCGGGGUUCUUAGAGGUGCUCAACCCACCAGCCCUGGGUUUAGUGACUUCAUGGUUUACCCGUGGCGAUGGGGUGAAAACGCGCACAACGUGACUCUGAGCCCGGGACCUCCCGCUAGGCACCAGCAGCCGCCCGCCGAAACCCCGAUCUCCACACGGGACGGCGGCGGCGCCAAGUCUCGUAUUGCUGAUGUCAUCGGCACCGGAGAAGCUGCUGCUGGGUCUGUGAGAGGCGAGGAAAAUGCCGGGAAUCUGAAGGAUGGAAUUCGGCGUGGCCGUCCAAGAGCAGAAACGGUUCGAGACUUGAUCAGUGAAGGCGAGCUCUCUUCCAGUAGGAUCAGGUGCAAUAUCUGCAACAGGGUGUUUCCUCGUGAAAAGUCUUUACAAGCCCAUAAAAGAACACAUACUGGUGAGCGACCUUAUCUUUGUGACUACCCUGAAUGUGGCAAAGCUUUUGUGCAAAGUGGACAACUGAAAACACACCAACGUCUUCACACGGGAGAGAAACCUUUUGUAUGCUCAGAAAAUGGGUGUAUGAGUCGGUUUACACAUGCCAAUCGACACUGCUCUAAGCAUCCGUAUGCAAGACUAAGGAGGGAAGAACCAGGCAGUAAAGCAAGCAAACUCCAAUCCGCUGAUAACAAGGAAACAGCAGAAUGGCUGGCAAAGCACUGGGAUGCGCAAGAGCAGCUGCCACCCACGUUAAAAGUUAAGUCCCUCCAAAAAGCAGACCAGGAGCAGCAGGACCCAUUGGAGUAUCUUCAGUCAGAUGAAGACGAGGAUGAGAAAAAUGGCCCUCACACCUCUGCCCGCCAUCGCUUACAGGAACAGCGGGAGCGUAUGCAUGGCGCUCUGGCCCUCAUUGAGCUAGCCAAUCUGGCUAGUGCCCAGCUGCGUCAGUAACCCUACCGAAUUCACAUGUACGAAAUGUCCUACCCUAGCAGUAUUUCCUCUACGUUUUCUUCCAAUGGGUCAUAAUUUAGAUUGUGUAUUCCCUUGGAGCGAAACGGUGGCUACAGUAUACUGUUUUGGGGUAAUAAGCUAAGCACCUUAUUUGCUUGACAUAGGCUGCUAUCCUGUAGAAUUUUUAUGAAGAAUGUCGUUGCUUCCUAACUGGGAGCAAGAGAGAAUUGCACUUUUUAUGGAAAAAGAUAGUUGUAAAGUGUUUUUUUAUAUAUAAAUAUUUUUGUAAAUAUGGAACCGUAAAGAGGCAGGGAUGAUUUAUACAUCUGUGUGGAUGUUGGAUUUUACAAGCUUAACAUGCUAUUUAAAUAAUAAAUAAACAUGCAGACUUUUGCAGCACAAUUAGCCUUCCUCUGGGAAAGUUUUUUUGUAAGGUACAUUCUAUAAACAA